UUCUUCUCCAUUGGUGUUUACUGGAUCACGAGGGUACAAGUCGUCAUUUCCACCUAGAAGAGGAAUUUCUCAAUUAAAAGCAACCGUCUCUCUCUGCUCUCUCUCUCUCUCUCUCUCUCUCUCUCUCUCUCUCACACACACACACACGCACGCACACACACAGACAAACACAUACAUUAGGAACAGACGAAAACAAAACCUUGCCACAAAGAAUUAUAUAUUUAUAUUGCAAUUGCGUCGUCGUAUUCUCGUUAAAUGCUGACCCCGUUCACGCGUACUGGUUCUGCGCUGCUGUUGUACUGCCUUUGAGUUACAAUCUAAAAUUGGGUCCGUGAGGGGACUAAGGGCUGAGGGCUUGCUCUUGGUCCCCUGCAAAUGAGCUGUGAAAGAAGUUAAGUUCACUAUUUUGAGAUAAUGAGUAUUGACAUUCACAAGCCAUUUUUUGGGGUUCCACUUAAGGGCACUGUUUUUGAAAGAAGAAACAAAGCUGAUUAUACUUUUUCGAGGGGAAUUAAAUCAAAACCCUUAAAAAAGGGUUCGAAUUUCCUAUUGUGUAAAUGCGCAAAAAAACAUGAAUGGAUCUUUCGCGGGAACAAAUUUAUGCACUCCUGUGGGAAAAAUGCUGAGUUUUUAUGGAAGACGCUGGAAUUGCGGAGUGGUUGGAUGAUUAAUUCUGUCAAAGAGCCCAUUGUUCGAAGCAAGACUUUAGUCAAGUUUAUGACUCCUGUAUGGGAAGAGGGGUUAUUUCUGUUCAGAUGCUCUGUCUUGUGCACUGUUGUAUCUGGGGUGUGUUUAUUGGUUUGGUAUGCACAGUCUAAAGCAAAACUUUAUGUUGAAGCCAAUCUGUUGCCUUCUGUUUGUACCCUACUAAGUGAUCAUAUUCAGCGAGAACUUGAUUUUGGUAAGGUUCGAAGAAUCUCACCUUUAAGCAUUACUUUGGAGUCAUGCUCAAUUGGGCCUCAUAGUGAAGAGUUCUCUUGCGGCGAGAUUCCCAGUGUGAAGCUUCGUAUUCGUCCUUUUGCUAGCCUGAGAAGGGGGAAAAUUGUGAUAGAUGCUGUUUUGUCCAAUCCAAGUUUAUUGGUUGCACAGAAGAAGAACUUCUCUUGGUUGGGAAUACCCUAUUCAGAAGGCAUUCCCCAGAGGCACCUGUCCACUGAAGAAGGUAUUGAUUAUCGCACAAAAAAUAGGAGGAUUGCAAGAGAGGAAGCUUCCAUGCGCUGGGAGAGGGAAAGAGUCGAUGCAGCUAGAUUAGCUGCUGAAAAGGGUUAUAUUUUUACAGAGUGCGAUUGUGUUCUGCCUGAGGAUGAUCUUUCAAAGGAGAGUACGAGUCUUCCCUCAAGGUUGGGGAACCCUGAUCCAUUCCGUUAUAUGGACGAGAAAUUUCACUGGAGAGAUCAUCAUUGUAUGGAUGCUGGUGCGGAGUAUGAUUUGAAGCAUGCUGAUUUAGAGAGGUCGUUUGGUGCAAAAAUGUCAACCCCAGAAACUAGCAUCUGGUCCAAAAUUAUGCCAGGGUACAUGAAACAUAAGUUCAAGAGGAAGGCCAAUGGAAGAGAUUUAUCUAUGGCACGUAUUGCUUACAAAAGAAGACUUCUUGAGCGCAGUGCAUCUGCAGCUCGUUUAUACUUCCAAGGACAAUCACUGGGGAAGCCUGGGAGCUCUACCAAGGGAUCUGCAGGGUUUGAUGAUCCGAAAUUUGAGUUUUCUCCAAUGAAUAAGGACGAGGCAGCUGCUUCGAUUUCUACAGUGACCAACACUGGAGGAGAUGUGAGAGUUGAGUAUCAGAAUGUGAAGGUUGACUACAGUGUUGACAAUAAAAACAUUGAAGUUGCUGGGGAUGUAUCGACGAACAAGUUGAUCACGGGGAUGCAGAACAAAUUGAAGACUGACUCUGUUUCUAGAGGAAAUUCAGAAACGCAGUUUACGGAUCAGAUGAAUAUCUUACGUGAUCCUUUUCUUUUUACUUUGGCUAGAAUUCGUGAAUCCACAAACUCCACUGAUAAGUUUUCAUCAGCCAGCGGCGUUGUCGAUUGUCCUACAAGUAGUAAACAUCUGGAAAGGGAUGAUAUCACUAAUGCAGACGUCAGAAAAGAAGCUCUUGGGUUAGUUGAGGAAGUGAAGAAUGGACAGGAUGAUACUUUGGACAAUCAAGGGGCCAAUGCCUCUGGUAGUUCUCGUCCUGUCCAUUUGGAAAGUUUUUGGCCCUUGAGCUCGCAAUCAAGUUUUUCGUCUGCCUUUAAAAACUUUGGUGAGGCAUGGUCUUCUUUACUUGUCAAUCCUUUGAAAAGGCUGAAAUCUGAGAUUGGUGCGAGUGUUGAGGACAUAUCGACAGAACUAGGUGACGAGAUUAGUGAAGAAAAUACUUCAGGCAUAGAUAAAAUGAUUCCUGUGGUUCUUGACUCUGUACAUUUUAAAGAUGGUACACUGAUGUUGCUUGCUUAUGGUGAUACAGAACCGAGAGAAAUGGAAGUUGCUAGUGGACAUGUGAAGUUUCAAAAGCACUAUGGACGCGUGCAUGUGCAACUUACUGGAAAUUGUAAGAUGUGGAGAUCAGAUUUGAUAUCUGAAGAUGGUGGGUGGUUGUCCACCGAUGUUUACGUUGAUAUCGCUGAGCAGAAAUGGCAUGCAAAUUUGAAAAUGGCAAAUCUCUUUGUGCCGCUUUUUGAGAGGAUUUUAGACCUUCCGAUUACAUGGUCUAAAGGAAGAGCUAGUGGUGAGGUUCACAUAUGCAUGUCAAAAGGUGAAACUUUUCCUAAUCUUCAUGGGCAGCUAGAUGUAACGGGGCUGGCCUUUCACAUAUAUGACGCUCCGUCGUGGUUUUCUGAUAUAUCCGCAAGUUUGUUUUUCCGUGCCCAACGAAUAUCGUUGCACAACGCCAGGGGCUGGUAUGGUGACAUUCCUUUAGAAGCAUCUGGAGAUUUUGGCGUUGAUCCAGAGGAAGGAGAAUAUCACCUGAUGUGUCAGGUUCCAUCUGUUGAAGUGAAUGCCUUGAUGAAAACUUUCAAGAUGAAGCCAUUGUUAUUUCCGUUGGCGGGAUCAGUAACAGCUGUCUUCAACUGUCAAGGCCCCUUGGAUGCUCCUGUGUUUGUUGGGAGUGCAUUGGUCUCAAGGAAGCUCAUCCAUUUAUCUGCCGAUACCCCUCAAUCAGCUGCCUAUGAGGCAAUGAUGAAUAGUAAAGAAGCUGGUGCAGUUGCAGCCGUUGACCAUGUUCCUUUCUCUUAUGUUUCUGCGAACUUUACGUUUAAUACUGAUAAUUGUGUCGCUGACCUUUAUGGAAUCAGAGCUACACUUGUUGAUGGUGGGGAAAUUCGCGGAGCAGGAAAUGCUUGGAUUUGUCCUGAGGGCGAGGUUGAUGAUGCAGCAAUGGAUGUUAACUUUUCCGGAAACUUAUGUUUUGAUAAGAUUAUGCAUCGGUAUAUACCUGGUUAUCUUCAAACGAUGCCCUUUAAGUUGGGGGAUCUCAAUGGAGAAACAAAAGUUUCUGGCUCAUUGUCAAAACCGAGAUUUGAUAUCAAAUGGACUGCACCAAGAGCUGAGGGUUCACUUUCUGAUGCUCGUGGAGAUGUCAUAAUUUCACACGAUCACAUUUCUGUCAAUUCUUCAUCGGCUGCAUUUGAAUUGUAUAUGAAAGUUUUAACAUCAUAUACUAAUGAAAACUGCUUAGACUGGAGAGAGAUCGGUAAAGUAGCUACCAUGCCUUUCUCUGUGGAAGGAGUCGAAUUGGACCUAAGGAUGCGAAAUUUUGAAUUUUUUAACUUUGUUUCUUCCUAUGCAUUUGAUUCUCCAAGGCCUGUGCAUAUGAAAGCAACAGGAAAAGUGAAGUUUCAAGGGAAGGUUAACAAGAACUGCUGCAGCAUUGACAACCCAGUUCUGCAAUCUGAUAAGAGUUCAGAAUUGCCCCUUGUGGAAGGUGAUGAAGAUGCAAAGAGCAUUUCUGGUGAUGUUUCAAUCUCAGGUCUAAAGCUCAAUCAAUUGAUGCUGGCUCCCCAGUUAGUUGGAGUGUUGAACAUCACAUCUAAGGGUAUCAAGUUGGAUGCUACUGGUCGGCCAGACGAAAGUCUUUCAGUAGAACUUGUAGGACCUUUGCAAUCAACUUCUGAAGAAAAUUUAGCUGGAAAGUUUCUGUCUUUUUCUCUGCAGAAAGGUCAACUGAAAGCUAAUGCAUGUUAUCGACCACUACACUCAACUAACUUGGAGGUACGCCAUUUGCCGCUGGAUGACCUGGAGCUAGCCUCACUCCGUGGAGCGAUAUCAAGAGCAGAACUUCAGUUAAACUUUCAGAAAAGAAGGGGCCACGGUGUGCUAUCUGUUCUCCGGCCAAAAUUCAGCGGGGUGUUGGGUGAAGCUCUAGAUGUGGCUGCAAGAUGGAGUGGGGAUGUGAUCACUGUUGAAAGAGUUACUUUGGAGCAAAGCAAUAGCAAAUAUGAACUACAAGGGGAGUAUGUAUUGCCUGGAUCUCGGGAUCGAAGCCCUACUGGAAAGGAAAAAGGUAGCUUGUUCCAGAAAGUAAUGACAGGUCAUCUUGGUAGUGUGAUCUCUUCUAUGGGUAGAUGGAGAAUGAGACUAGAGGUUCCUAACGCUGAGAUUGCUGAGAUGCUUCCACUUGCUAGGCUCCUUUCUCGAAGUUCUGAUCCAGCCGUUCAAUCUAGAUCGAAGGAUCUUUUCUUACAAAGUUUACAGUCUGUUGGAUUGUGUGCUGAAAGUCUUCAAAAACUUCUUGAGGAAGUUCGGGGUUAUUGUGCAGCGUCAUACGAAGUUGUCUUGGAUGAUUUCAAUUUACCAGGUUUAUCUGAACUCAAAGGUCGCUGGCGUGGCUCUUUAGAUGCAAGUGGAGGAGGAAAUGGAGACACGACGGCAGAAUUUGACUUUCAUGGAGACGAAUGGGAGUGGGGAACAUAUACAACCCAGCGCAUUCUAGCAGCCGGGAUAUACAGCAACAACGAUGGGUUGCGUCUGGACAAAAUGUUUAUCCAAAGGGAUAAUGCCACAAUCCAUGCAGAUGGGACACUAUUAGGGCCGAAGACGAAUUUGCAUUUUGCUGUUCUUAAUUUCCCCGUCAGUUUGGUUCCUACUCUUCUUCAGGUUAUUGAAAAUUCAGCCAGCGAAGCUGUUCACUCUCUGCGGCAAUUAUUAGCACCAAUUAGAGGCAUCCUACACAUGGAAGGUGAUCUUAAAGGAAAUCUAGUUAAGCCAGAAUGUGAUGUCCAAGUAAGGCUCUUGGAUGGGGCAAUUGGAGGAAUUGAUCUUGGGAGGGCUGAAGUUGUUGCAUCUUUAACCCCAAGUAGCCGUUUCCUAUUCAAUGCAAAAUUUGAACCCAUUGUUCAGAACGGCUAUGUGCAUAUCCAAGGAAGCGUUCCUCUAACACUUGUACAGAACAAUGCUUUGGAGGAAGAAAGUACUGAAAGGGACAGAAAUGAAGCCACAUGGGUUCGAAGUUGGGACACGGAAAGAAGUAAACCAACUGCAGAUGAGACUAAUGAUAGAAAGGGAUUCAGAGAAAAAAAUCAAGAGGUUUGGGAUACACAAUUGGCAGAGAGCCUCAAGGGUUUGAACUGGAACUUACUAGAUGCAGGAGAAGUUAGGAUUGAUGCUGAUGUUAAAGAUGGGGGCAUGCUGUUGCUAACGGCAUUAUCUCCUUAUGCUAAUUGGCUCAACGGCAAUGCUGAAGUUAUGCUUCAGGUAAGGGGCACUGUUGAACAACCAGUGCUAGACGGGUCUGCCUAUUUUCACAGGGCAACCGUGUCUUCACCUGUACUUAGGAAACCAGUAACCAAUCUUGGUGGAACAGUUCAUGUAAAUUCAAAUAGAUUGCGUAUUGGCUCAUUGGAGGGUAGAGUGAGCAGAAAGGGAAAAUUGUCUGUAAAAGGGAAUCUCCCCCUCCGAUUAAGUGAAACGUCUCUUGGCGACAAACUUGAUUUAAAAUGUGAGGUUCUGGAAGUGCGUGCAAGGAAUAUCCUGAGUGGUCAGGUUGAUUCUCAGUUACAAAUUACUGGAUCUAUUAUGCAACCAAACAUAUCUGGAAAGAUAAAGGUCAGCCAAGGAGAAGCUUAUCUACCACACGACAAGGGUAGUGGAGCUCCUCCCUUCAGAAGGAAUACACCAAAUGACCGAGGAUUGCCAACUGGUGGUUAUGGUCGUAUGGUUGCAUCAAAGUAUGUAUCGCGCUUUCUAAACCUAAUUCCAGCAUCAUCAAAUAGCUCAUUCCACCAAUCACCUGAUGACCGAGAUAAAGUUGAAAAGGGGACGGUGUUGGUGAAUAGUAAGCCAAAACUAGAUAUCCGCCUGACGGACUUAAGGAUUGUUCUUGGGCCUGAACUGAGGAUAGUUUAUCCUUUGAUACUAAAUUUCGCUGUUAGUGGAGAGCUUGAAUUAAAUGGUCCAGCCCAUCCCAAAUGGAUAAAACCUAAAGGCAUUCUAACUUUCGAGAAUGGUGAUGUGAAUCUUGUGGCGACACAGGUAAGGCUCAAGAGAGAGUAUCUUAACAUUGCAAAAUUUGAGCCUGACAAUGGACUUGAUCCGAUGCUGGAUUUAGCCCUGGUCGGAUCAGAAUGGCAAUUUAGAAUUCAAAGUCCAGCUAGCAAGUGGCAGGAAAAACUGGUGGUCACCUCAACUCGUUCGGUGGAGCAAAAUGUCCUUUCAACUACAGAGGCCGCUAGAGUCUUUGAGAGUCAAUUAGCCGAAUCAAUAUUGGAAGGUGAUGGUCAGCUUGCGUUUAAGAAGCUUGCUACUGCAACACUCGAGACAUUGAUGCCGAGGAUAGAGGGCAAGGGCGAAUUCGGACAGGCUAGGUGGAGGCUCGUUUAUUCUCCUCAAAUCCCGAGUUUACUCUCCGUGGACCCCACAGUCGAUCCUCUUAAGUCUCUGGCUAGCAACAUUUCUUUUGGGACCGAAGUUGAAGUCCAGCUGGGAAAGCGUCUUCAGGCUUCUGUAGUGAGGCAGAUGAAGGAUUCAGAAAUGGCUAUGCAGUGGACUCUGAUCUACCAACUCACGAGCCGCCUGAGGGUGCUGUUACAAUCGGCUCCUUCGAAACGCCUCCUAUUUGAAUAUUCUACUACUUCACAGGAUUAGCUUGCUUCGAUAUAUAUAUAUAUAUACUUCAACAAAAGAAAAGUAGAAUUAUGUAGACAGAUUAGUUGGACUACAUUUUCUUUACCAGUGUAAAUCAGUUCUUGUAAAUGAAUAGGUAUUUUAUUGUUCUUUGCUCAAAUAUGAAAUGAGCUCUCUCUCUC